CAGAAGCCUUCCCUGGACCAGAUCAAUCACUUCCUGAAGCCGCUGGUCGACGAGCUUCUCGUACUCUGGGAAACCGGAGUUUUCUUCUCUCGCACCGCAAACUAUCCCAGUGGACGACUCGUUCGUUGUGCGCUCAUUCCGCUGGUUUGCGACCUUCCGGCAGCACGUCAGACGGCGGGAUUCGGGGCUCAUAACGCGAAGUUCUUUUGUAGCAUGUGCCAUCAGAAGCGGUCCGACAUCGACGACCUCGACAUCUCUUCCUGGAUUCCGCGAAGCUGCGAAGAGCACCGGGAAGCUGCUCAAGCCUGGAAAGACAAAGCGACCCCCGCUCAACGCGAAGCUGCAUUCAAAGAUAACAGUACACGAUGGUCAGAACUACUCAACCUGCCAUACUGGGAUCCUAUCAGCUACACGGUGAUAGACUCGAUGCACAACCAUUACCUCGGCUUGCUGAAGCACCACUGCCGGAAGAUCUGGGGGAUGAACGCUUCGAGCGAGGACGCGGAGGAUCCCGAUGCUGCCGGACCUUCACCACCUUCUGAAGAGGACUUAUCUAUCGGCCUCGGCCAUCUAUAUUCCGGGACCAACGCUCAGCUAGCCUCUUGGAGUAGCAUGAUGGCGCAUAUUCACGCCGAACUUCGCAACACCGAGCUACCCUCAUGGAUCAACCCGGUUCCUCGUAAUGUCGGUACGACAUCUCGCGGCAAGCUCAGCGCCGAUCAAUGGCAUAUCUUCUGCGUCAUCAACCUCCCAAUCAUCCUCAUCCCUAAAUGGGCGCCCAAGGGCGGAAGGUCCGUGGAGAUGCUGGAAAAUUAUAUGCAUCUGGUGACCGAGGUCGUUGUGGGGAGCCUACUCGAGAUGUCCGAAGAAGCCAUCACUCUCUAUGAGACGUCUGCGCUUGCGUACCUGAAGACCACGCGGCAGCUCUACGGCAUCUCGUUGACGCCGAACCAGCAUAACUCCCUCCAUAUUCCCUUCUUCCUGCGUCUCUUCGGCCCUCUUCACUCCAUCCGCACGUUCUUCUCCGAGAGAAUGAACUAUCUGUUGCAACAGCAGAACACCAACCUCAAAUUUGGU